AUGCUCAAGCGUCCUGCUGCAGCGCAGCAAUCUUCAUCAUCAUCAUCUUCUUCUUCUUCUUCUUCUUCUUCUUCUUCUUCGUCCAGCACCCGUACCAACGGCAACGGCAACGGCAACGACAAGGUCAGAGCUUCGCCCAACACCGGCAACCCGAUCACGUCUACUACCUACUCCAACGACGACUACAACGUCAAACCUCGCCGAUCUUCGUCUUCUUCCCACGUUGUUCUACCGCCGCUUCGUACCGCUUUGGCUUCGGGAACUCCUCUUCCAACAGGCUCUGCUCUUCCACCACCUCUGCUGCCUCCAACAUUGUCGGCGCAACAAUUCGAGUCACCCAGCUAUACCCACAAUCGACCUUCGCCAUCGUCUUCUUAUAAACACUUUGUAUCUACGAACAGUAUCAUUCACGGCGCCCGCCUUACGGCUCCUGCUCCGAUCACAUCACGCUCGUUUCAACCGCCGCCGCCUGCCAACAACCGUCGAUCAGCCAGCAUGACUUCCAAUUCGGAGGACUCAACGGCUGCUGCCAACCCUGCAGCAGACAACUCGAACCAGAACAACGAAGCUGGCAAGAAGAAAUCCACCAAGAAGGCAGUCUCUUGCGAAUCAUGUCGUCGACGUAAGCUCAAAUGCGAUCGAGGUUGGCCAUGCGGCGCUUGUCGAGAUCGCGGUGAGUCCAGCAAGUGCGAAUGGGCAGAGGGUGUCAGACCUCAAAGCACAGGCCGUGAUAGUGGCGACUCUUCGCAAGUCAAUCAGCGUCUCGAUCGUCUGGAAGCCAUGAUGGGUGCCAUUGCGACCUCCCUCGGCGUUCAACUUCCCGGCACCAAGUCCACCACUGCUUCAUCCGCCAACGGCGCUCAAAGAAACUUGUCCUCCACCAGCACUACCUCGACCAAUGCUCCUUCUACUUCCAAGCUCUCGACAUUGGCUGAGCUUGGUGCCUCCGAGGCCAACAGGGCUGCAGCUGCUGCUACCACUUCCAAGAAUGACACCCCGCGUCCCGCCUAUGCUUCCGGUCCGGUUUCAUGGGGCUUCGGUUUUGGCUUCUCCCAGAUCAAUCAGGUUUCGUCUGAAGAAGUGACGCGCCGCACUCUCUUCGAGCUUCUCAAACUUCUACCGGACAACAGCAUUCUUCGCAGUCUCACCGAUUUCUACUUCCGCGAGCUCUCCUGGAUGGCACAUCUCAUUCCGGAAGAGCCCUUCCGCAAGAGGCAACGCACGGUGGAAGAGGUGCGCAUCUUUUGGGACGGUCGCCCUGACGCUUACCGCUACAGAGAGAUGCGCGACAACCUUCGCCUAGUCGCCACCAUUCAUGCUUUGUGUGGCGCUGCACUGGUGUUCGGAGAGCCGAUCGAAGGCGAGCACCUCUUGGAAAAAUACGGCAAGCAGGCCUUUACCGUCUUCCUUGACGCUGCUCAACACGCACUCUCUGUGCUCGACAUCUACGAAGAGCUUCACCUUGACAACGUGCGUACCAUGGUGCUCCUCAGUUCUUGCAUGAGUGCGCUCAAAGGUCCUGCUGUUGGAUCCGCCAUGAUGGCUAAUAUUUGCUUCAUGGCCUACGCGCUCCAACUCGAUGUUGAACCAUCCGAGUCGCUCCCCUUGGAAGAGCGCAAAGAUCGUCUCGGUCUGUUUGCUACCAUUUGCGUACAGGAUUGGUUCUCGGCGGGCAACGUGAAGCGCAGCUACAUUAUCGAUCCAGCCAACACGAGUCUUCCGUCGCUGUUCGGCCGUGAUGCUCAGAAGAAUGAGUUGGUUUCAGUGCAUAUGCGAUACAAGCUCAAGUUGAGUGACGUCGCUCGUCGAGCCAGUCACCGUAUUCGGAUGAGCGAAGACGAGGCGUACGAGUUCACAAAGCAACUGCAUCAAGAGGUCGUGGCCAUCGAAGCCGCUAUCCCCGAACAUCUGCGCUUCGACGACUCGCUCAUCGACUCGAACGAAUCGGACAGCCCAGAGCGAUGGCAUCGGUCUGCCAUGGCGCUUGCGGUGCAGAUGCAGCUGUUGACUUUGCACAAGCGCUUCUAUGUGCAGUCCUGGACGAAUGCCAAGUACAAGGAAUCGAGAGAGAUCAGCUUUGCCGCGUCGAUGCUGAUCAUCAAGGUCUUCCGCAACGCGUUCAAGUGGUUCACCCCGAGUGAGACGGCCACGCUGGACGAGCAACGAGCCAUGAUUGGCGAAGGUUUGCGUACGCAGCACAAGUCGGUCUCGCGACUCUGGUUCUUUGCGCAGAUGUCGAUCAUCGCAUCGCUCGUGCUGAUCCACUUUGUCUCGAUGCUCGACACACAUCCGCAAGAGGCCUGCGACUGGGACAGUUGCGAGUUGCGAGCCCAGAUUACAGACGAUCUCAAGUUUGUACGUCUGCUGCUGCAUGCUCUGUCGAGCAAAUCAAAGCUGGCCAUGGAUGGUGCUCGCGCAAUUCAACCUCCGGAAUCGAAUCGCAACAAGCGCAAGGCUGAUGAUGCUCUUCUUGGACCUGGAUCGACACGCGGGGGAGGAGCGCUGAGCAGUCGAUCGAUGGACAGCAUACCGAUCCGCAAUCCGAGCUGGUGCUCGACUUGGUCUGGCUAUUCGAACGGAUCUACGCCAGCUUUGACAAGCACGCAUCGCACACCGCCUGCGUACAACUCGCCUGGCUCAAGUAGCAACAGUUCGCACAGCCUCGCGCACUCUGCCUCUGCCUCUGAGAUUGCACGUCCCAAGCUGCCGUUCGAUGGACAAGUGGCACCGGGCAACGCCAACUCGUUUGAAGACAUUGAGGCCUUGUGGCAAAAGCAACCGUGGCAGACAGCUUCACUCCGAAUGGGUACUUCGCCAUCCGUCUCUCCAAACAAUUCGUUUUCAGGCCAAGGAAAGGGUCGAGAAGCUUCGAUGGUGGCUAGCUCUUCGCUCAAUCCAUCCUCUGCCAACAAUGCAAGUUGUUUGGCAGCUGCGUCUGGUAAGCCGGCUCAGAAGCGGCAGUCGUCGAAUGCAGGAAUGGCUGGCAUGGCAAAUGCAACGCAGAGAGCAGGCAGCGAUGGCGGUAGCACGAACCCUGAGUGCCCAUACAUUUGCGCUAGCUUCUUUGGUCCUGACGCAAGCUCCAACGACAUUGCUCGAGCCGAAGCAGCAAUUGGACGACAAGACGCAAGUUUUGGAUACCCCGUUGCGCCCUUGAGUCCAUUCACUGCAUCGUUCAUCAACAGUCUGGAUCAGUACGUGUCCAGUCUGGAAGAGCCACUGCCAUCGAACAGUGCGGCUUCUGUUCCGAUCCCAGUGACAGGAACGAGUAUGUCGGUGCCUCAAAGCCAUGCUAUGGUCCAAGCGACGGCUGCGGCGGCUGCAAGGGAUCCCACAGCCGGGGCGAGGUGA